AGCGCUGCAUUUCUUCCCCAUCUUACCAUGGAUAGGGUUUGGUGCAUUCCGGAGUUCACUUAUGGUCCCACAAAGGUAAUCUUAGGAGAAAUUCAUUUUAGCAUACCGUAAAUGCCUGUGCAUAAUGUGCAUAAAAAAGCAUCAUUAUUUUCAUUAUCUUCAAAGGAUUUCUGUAGAAGCAGCCUUUAUUUUCAGACUCUGCAGGCCUGCUGGGAGGAAACAUAUUACAAUAAACAGAAGAAGCUCAUGGUCCACUAUCUGCUGCUCCAGAGUCAAGGCCAGGUCCCUCCCCAUGUCACCACGGAGCACAUGAGCAACUGGCUGGUGUCUCAGGGCAAAAAAUCUCUUAGGGAGAGGGUGUGGAAGGAAACCCUGGAGGAAGGAAACGACCUCGCUCGGCUGGCCUGGGAAGUAAACACUUGCCUAAAAAUGAUGAACAUAGAGCACGAGGCUUUCUGCAAGCUCCGCCGCUCCAUGCACCCCACCUCGCCAGCUGACAUCGAUCCUAAGGUCCACAGCAUCGUGGAGAAAGCUGUGAGAAGCAUUCCGGGCGAGCAGUCCAAAGAGCCCAGUAGCAACCUGCUCAGCCCAUCUCAGGUGGUGGUGGAGGUGGUGCCCAGACUCCUCCUGGCCCUGUGGCUUCAACCACAGGAAGGCCAUUCAGAGCACCCAAUCCUAAUAAGCGGGAUGGCCGUGGGACCCUUCCCCUCACAUCCCUUUUCCCGGGCUGCUGCUUUUGACUCUGUGCGGUCGAUCCUCGGGAGAAUCAGUCAGUCCUUCUCCACAGAUGACCUGCAGAGCCCUUUUUAUAUGAGCUCUGUCUGUGGCUUUGUGGCUGACGAGGUGCAGAGCUGCUUCCAGCCCCCUGCAGCCACCCUACCAGUCCCCCCUGUGCUCACGGUGGCCGUUUCCACCACACUACCAGCUGGCAUCCAAGCAGACCCGGCUUCUUCCCACCUGGAGGUUGUGGACAUCACCACUAACACAGAGACAGAUCCGGGUUCUUCCCACCUGGAGGUUGAGGACAUCACCCCUAAGACAGAGACAGAUCCGGCUUCUUCCCACCUGGAGGUUGUGGACAUCACCACUAACACAGAGACAGAUCCGGGUUCUUCCCACCUGGAGGUUGAGGACAUCACCCCUAAGACAGAGGCAGAUCCGGCUUCUUCCCACCUGGAGGUUGUGGACAUCACCACUAACACAGAGACAGAUCCGGGUUCUUCCCACCUGGAGGUUCAAGACAUCACCACUAACACAGAGGCAGAUCCUUCCAACCUGAAUGUGGUGGACUUCACCUAA